AUGAAGACCAUCAUUGUCCUUUCCCUAGUAGCCUUAGCCUUAGCUGGACCCCAGUCGUUGAAGGAGCCAAUUCCGAUUUUACGCCAAGAAAGCAAUAUUAACCCUGAUGGCUCUUUCCAAUACUCAUAUGAAACCGGUAACAGUAUUUCUGCUUCGGCUUCCGGAUCACUCAAAAAUAUUGGUGCUAAGGAACCAGCACUUCAAAUCCAAGGAGAGUACCAAUACCGCGGUGAUGACGGAAUACCCAUCGCCCUGACCUACGUGGCUGAUGAGAACGGUUACAAUGCUCAAGGGAGCGCAAUUCCCACUUCUCCCCCAAUCCCAGCUGACAUUCAGCGCGCCCUUAAAUACCUCGCCACGGCACCUCCACAGAAAGAGUAA